AUGGACGACGCCGGGGAGAUACACGCGCUGGGGAGCCUGCGGCGGGACGGAUCGGUGUGGUCGGCCGCCAGCAACGUCUUCUCCUCGCUGUCGUCGCGCGGGGAUGGCGGCAGCGGGGGCGGGGGCGGGCGCGGCGACGACGACGAGGAGGCCCUGCGGUGGGCGGCGCUCGAGAAGCUGCCCACCUACGACCGCGCGCGGACGGCCGUGCUCGCCAUGCCCGAGGGCGACCUCCGCCAGGUGAACGUGCAGAAGCUCGACCCGCAGGAGCGCCACGCGCUGCUGCAGCGCCUCGCCUGGGUCGGCGACGACCACCAGCGCUUCCUCUCCAAGUUUAAGGACCGCGUCGACCGAGUGGGGAUUGAGCUGCCCAAGAUCGAAGUGCGGUACCAGAACCUGAACGUCAAGGCAGAGGCGUAUGUCGGCAGCAGGGGCCUGCCCACCAUCUUCAACACAUACGCCAAUGUGCUCGAGGGCAUCGUAAAUGCGCUUCACAUAACACCAAGUAGGAAACAGAAAAUAUCGAUCCUUCACAAUGUCAGCGGUAUUAUCAAGCCGCACAGAAUGACACUGCUUUUGGGUCCUCCUGGCGCGGGGAAAACCUCACUGCUGCUGGCCUUAGCUGGAACACUCCCUUCAAAUCUUGAGGUAACAGGGGAUAUAACUUACAAUGGGCAUACAAUGGACGAGUUUGAGGCCCGGAGAUCAGCUGCUUAUGUCAGUCAACAUGAUCUACACAUGGGAGAAUUAACUGUUCGUGAGACGGUCAAUUUCUCUGCAAGAUGUCAAGGAAGUGGUCAUCGCUAUGACUUGCUAGUGGAAUUGUCAAGGAGAGAAAAGGACGCAGGAAUAAUACCAGAUAAAGAAACUGAUACCUACAUGAAGGCUGCUGCUACAGGAGAGCAAAAGGCUGAUGUGGUCACAAAUUACAUACUAAAGGUCUUGGGGUUGGAUAUCUGUGCUGACACAAUCGUUGGAAACAAUAUGUUGAGAGGCAUAUCCGGAGGCCAAAAAAAGCGAGUAACUACAGCUGAGAUGCUUGUCACCCCAGGACGAGCCCUUUUCAUGGAUGAGAUAUCAACCGGACUUGACAGCUCAACAACCUUCCAGAUUGUGAACUCUAUCCGGCAAACCAUUCACAUUGUUGGCGGAACAGCAGUUAUCACUUUGCUACAACCUGCACCUGAGACAUAUGAAUUGUUUGAUGAUAUAAUUCUCCUCUCAGAUGGUCAGGUUGUCUACAAUGGUCCUCGUGAAUAUGUUACAUCAAAGAAAGAUCAGAGACAAUACUGGAAACAUGGUGAUGACACCUACCGAUACGUCCCCGUGAAGGAGUUUGCAGAAGCAUUUCAAUCUUUCCAUGUUGGUGAGGCUAUACAAAAUGAGUUGGCAGUCCCAUUCGACAAGAGUACGAGCCAUCCUGCUGCUCUGAAAACAUCAAAAUAUGGCGCCAGCGUGAAAGAGCUACUUAAAGCAAAUAUUGACAGAGAGAUAUUGCUAAUGAAAAGAAAUUCGUUCGUAUACAUAUUCAAGGCAGUUCAGCUAACACUCAUGGCACUCAUUACGAUGACCGUCUUUCUCCGAACCAAUAUGCAUCGUGACUCAGUAACAGAUGGAAGGAUAUACAUGGGUGCCCUGUUCUUUGGGAUCCUGAUGGUCAUGUUCAAUGGACUAGCAGAAAUUGGCCUAACUAUUGCAAAGCUCCCAGUUUUCUUCAAGCAAAGGGAUCUUCUCUUCUACCCUGCAUGGACAUACUCCUUGCCAUCAUGGAUCAUUAAGACUCCCCUCUCGUUGCUCAAUGUAACAAUUUGGGUCUUCAUAACAUACUAUGUUAUUGGAUUUGAUCCCAACGUAGAAAGACUUUUUAGACAGUUCCUGCUCCUCUUACUAAUGAAUGAGGCAUCAUCAGGAUUGUUCCGUUUCAUUGCUGGGCUUGCAAGGCAUCAGGUUGUUGCAAGCACCCUUGGUUCAUUCGGCAUUCUGAUAUGCAUGCUUUUGGGUGGAUUCCUCCUGGCAAGAGCUAUUAUUCAUCUGAUAUGGCAGCGAGAAUGUGAAGAAAUGGUGGAUUUGGGGUACUGGAUAUCACCCCUGAUGUAUGCACAAAACGCCAUAUCAGUAAAUGAAUUCCUGGGUAGCAGCUGGAAUAAGCAAGUAAUCCCCGGUUCAGCAGAACCACUUGGAAAACUAGUUCUAGAAUCUAGUGGACUUUUUCCUGAGGCAAAAUGGUACUGGAUUGGUGUGGGUGCCUUGCUUGGAUAUGUGCUGCUAUUCAAUAUGCUCUACACUAUCUGCCUCACAUUCCUCAAACCAUUUGACAGCAAUCAACCAACAAUUUCUGAGGAGACGUUAAAGAUAAAACAAGCAAAUCUAACUGGUGAAGUUUUAGAAGCAUCAUCGAGAGGACGGGUUGCCAGCACUACAGUAACAGCUAGAAGUACUUUGGAUGAGAGCAAUGAUGAAGCAGCUUCCAACCAUGCAACAGUAAAUUCUAGUCCAGUUAACAAAGGAAUGGUCCUCCCUUUUGUACCUCUCUCCAUCACUUUUGAAGAUAUAAGAUACAGUGUGGACAUGCCAGAGGCAAUCAGAGCACAAGGUGUCACAGAGACCCGGUUGGAACUACUGAAGGGUAUAAGUGGUUCGUUUAGGCCAGGAGUACUUACUGCUCUUAUGGGUGUCAGUGGUGCUGGCAAGACAACACUGAUGGAUGUGUUGGCUGGGAGGAAGACCAGUGGAUACAUUGAGGGCAACAUUACCAUAUCAGGUUACCCGAAGAAACAAGAAACUUUUGCUCGUGUGUCAGGAUACUGUGAGCAAAAUGACAUCCAUUCACCAAAUGUUACUGUCUAUGAAUCCCUUGCAUUCUCCGCAUGGCUCAGAUUACCUGCUGAUGUUGAUUCCUCAACAAGAAAGAUGUUUAUUGAUGAGGUUAUGGAGCUUGUGGAGCUUUUACCCUUAAAAGAUGCAUUGGUGGGAUUGCCUGGUGUGAGUGGACUAUCAACAGAGCAAAGGAAGAGGCUAACAAUAGCUGUUGAGCUUGUUGCUAAUCCUUCUAUAAUUUUCAUGGAUGAACCGACAUCUGGACUUGAUGCUCGAGCAGCAGCUAUUGUCAUGAGGGCAAUAAGGAAUACUGUGGACACAGGAAGAACUGUUGUUUGUACCAUUCACCAGCCAAGUAUAGAUAUCUUUGAAUCUUUUGAUGAGCUCUUCCUUAUGAAACGUGGAGGUGAAGAGAUUUAUGUAGGUCCACUAGGACUACACUCAUGUGAACUGAUCAAAUAUUUUGAGGGUAUCGAAGGUGUCAACAAGAUAAAAGAUGGCUACAACCCCUCGACAUGGAUGCUGGAAGUGACUAGUACAAUGCAAGAACAGAUAACUGGUAUUAACUUCAGUGAAGUAUACAAGAAUUCAGAAUUAUACAGGAGGAAUAAAACUUUGAUAAAGGAGCUAAGCACGCCUCCAGAAGGUUCAAGUGACCUAUCCUUUCCAACCGAAUACUCGCAGACUUUCCUCACACAGUGUUCCGCUUGCCUGUGGAAGCAAAGUAUGUCAUAUUGGAGAAACCCUCCAUAUACUGCUGUCAAAUACUUCUACACAACAGUGAUUGCCCUGUUGUUUGGAACAAUGUUCUGGGGUGUAGGCAGAAAAAGGGAUAGUCAACAGGACUUGUUCAAUGCCAUGGGUUCCAUGUAUGCCUCGGUUAUUUUCAUGGGAGUACAGAAUUCUGGUUCAAUUCAGCCAGUUGUAUCAGUUGAGCGAACAGUCUUUUACAGGGAAAGGGCGGCUCAUAUGUACUCGCCAUUGCCAUAUGCCUUGGGACAGGUUGUAAUUGAACUUCCAUACAUCUUUGUUCAGUCCUUAAUAUAUGGUGUACUGGUGUAUGCUAUGAUUGGGUUUGAAUGGACAGCUGCCAAGUUCUUUUGGUACCUGUUCUUCAUGUAUUUCACUCUAGCAUACUACACAUUUUACGGGAUGAUGGUGGUGGGCCUGACUCCAAACUACAAUGUCUCCUCUGUUGCGUCCACGGCGUUUUAUGCCAUUUGGAACCUUUUCUCGGGAUUUUUAAUACCAAGAACUAGAAUUCCAGUUUGGUGGAGAUGGUUCUACUGGAUUUGCCCAAUUGCAUGGACACUCAACGGACUGGUCACUUCACAAUUUGGAGACGUAACCGAGACGUUCAGUAACGGUGGGAUGCGUAUAUCUGACUUUGUCGAAGACUACUUUGGGUACCAUCAUGACUUGCUGUGGGUGGUUGCCGUGGUGGUGGUCGCAUUUCCUGUGCUCUUUGCCUUGCUUUUCGGGCUCUCGCUCAAGAUAUUCAACUUCCAGAAGAGGUAA